UAUAUGAUCAUUGUAGAAGGAGCUUGUGGAUAUGGUGAUCUAUUCAAACAAGGGUAUGGACUCGAGACGACAGCCCUUAGCACAGCUCUAUUUAACAAUGGACUUACCUGUGGUGCUUGUUUUGAAAUCAAGUGUGUGAAUAACCCUCAAUGGUGUUAUCCAAAUGCUGGUACCAUCAAAGUGACUGCAACAAAUUUUUGCCCUCCAAAUUACUCAAAACCUGAUGGAAACUGGUGCAAUCCCCCAUUAAAACACUUUGAUCUAUCAAUGCCAAUGUUUACAAAACUAGCACAAUACAAAGCUGGAAUCAUCCCUGUCAUGUACCGACGUGUCAUGUGUUCCAAGAAAGGUGGGGUUCAAUUCCAGGUCCAGGGAAACCCGUACUGGACUGAGGUAUUGAUGUACAAUGUUGGAGGUGCUGGUGAUAUUAAGGAUGUGAAAAUCAAGGGCUCAGGAACUGGGUGGAUUCAGAUGAGCCACAACUGGGGAGUGAAUUGGCAGACUGGAACAAUGCUAACAGGGCAGAGCUUAUCAUUUCAGGUGACUACCAGUGAUGGGAAAAUGGUGGAAUUCGAUAACGUGGCACCGGCUAAUUGGCAGUUUGGUCAAACUUUUGAUGGGAAAAAGAACUUCUAGGAAAAUUUUCUUUACAAUGUAGUGGUGGAAUUCCUGCAUUAUGCAUUACCUUUGAGCGUGCAUGUUUUUUUAUGCAAAUUUGGGAUGUGUUUUGGUGUUCCCUUUGUGGAACCAAAGCAAACCAUUAGCAAAAUUGUACCUCAUUUUUACAAAUUGACUUCCAACUGCAUUUGAUUCACUUUUGUAUUGAGAUCACUUCAAACCAAAUCAAACCCCAACCAUGAAACUCAAAAGUUGAACAGUUUCAAUUCAUUUUAAUUAAGCAUCACUCCAGGAACAACUUAUUUUUGAACAUGUGCAAUUCAUCAUUAUAAGAUUUAAUUUGGUUAAAAAGUAAUUAAAUAAAGGGUAUGGAAAUAUUCAUCGAGUAAAUAAAAAUAUAUAUAUGUUAUAAAAUAUAUAGUGAUAAAAUUGUAUUGGUUAAUAUACUCAAACAAAAGCUUUGGUUGGAACCUAAUGACUGUUUAUGGCAACAAUUGAGCAAUUUUCAUGUCUUCAGACUUCAAGUUUGCAUUUUUCUCAAUUCAUCUGGGAAUCGUACGUGUUAUUAGCUACUAAGAUGAAGUUUUUACCCCUACAGCGAAGCUCUUGUGUUGGGUG